AUGGCUGCGGGCUAUCUCGCAACUAUCCCAGCAGCGGCGGUGGCCGACACCUGGCUGGGUCGGUACAGAACGAUUCUCAUCUCCGCUAUCAUCCAACUCUGUGGCUCUCUGCUUUUGUUUGCAACCUCCUUUCCUCGCGCCGUUGAAGCCGGUGCCACGGAAUGGGGAUUGGCUACUGCCAUUGUGUUCAUCGCUCUGGGCUCGGGAGGUGUCCGGUCAUCCGUGGCUCCAUUUAUCGCGGAGCAAUAUACCGAAACAAACUCCAAGGUCAAGGUGCUAAAGAACGGAAGAAAGGUCAUCACGGAUCGAGAACUCACGAUUCAGUACAUCUACAAUGAUGGUGAAUAUCGGUGGAAUAUCGGCCCUAAUCACCACACUCCUAGAGAAAUACCAACCGUUUCACAAGUUCGCCGCGCCCCGAGCGGCUCCAUCCUACCACAGGCUGGCAGAGCAAUGGUGUAUGGCAUUCGCGAAGGGUUCCAGAUGGACGGCGCCAAAGCAGAGACACAACAAGAGAAGCACCAGCGACAGGUGCCCUGGACCGAUACGUUCAUUGACGAGUUGAAAAGUGGCUUGCUUGCUUGCCGUGUUUUUUUUCUCUUCCCCCUCCAUUGGCUGUGCCUUAACCAAACUUUCAAUAACCUCAUCUCCCAGGCCGGACAGAUGGUCAACUCUGGAGUCCCGAACGACACCAUCAAGUCGCUUAACCCGAUCUCCAGUGUUCUGCUGACACCGGUGAUCUCGCGCGGUCUAUAUCCAUUCCUGACCCGGCGCAGGAUCCGAUUCGGCCCCAUGGCCCGCAUCACGGUUGGAUUCCUAUUUCUCACUCUCGCCAUGGUCUACACCGCGGUCCUGCAAAAGCUGAUCUAUUCCGCGGGCCCCUGUUACGAUCACCCGCUGACUUGCCCGGCGUCGGACCAUGGCCACAUUCCCAAUCAGAUCUCGAUGUUUCUGCAGACGCCGAUCUAUGUUCUCGGUGCGAUUGCGGAGAUUUUCUGCUUCACCACGGGGACCGAAUAUGCCUACAACCAAGCCCCGAAGUCGAUGAAGUCGGUGGUCCAGUCGGUGUGGAUGGCUACGGCUGGGGUUGGGGCGUGCCUGGCGAUGGCGUUCACGCCUAUCACCAAGGACCCUCAUCUGGUCAUCAUGUAUUCGUCGUUGGCGGGUGUCAUGGCCGUAACCACGGUUUUGUUCGGGGUACUCUUUGGAAAGCAUGAUCGAAAGAAGACCGUCCUUCUGUGA